CUCUCUCUCGGACUUAAUACAAAGGAAAAAGGCCUUAAUAAAAAGUUGUCCGUUCGGUAGGUGACAUUUUCCCUGACCGACGCUCCUCUCUCUCUCUCUGUCUCUAUAUAUAUGUGUGUGUGUAUGCGCACAGGCAUUUACGGCGCUAGGUAGAGACCGACAUCGGGAAAUGAGUUCCUGUGAAUCACAGGCCUUUGAAUUAAGAUUCUGAGUUUCAACCAACCGUUCAGGUUGGAAAUUCAUCUCCUCGAGAGCCAAUCAGAUCUGUACAAUUUUCUAGGGUUUAUAAGUAACUGCUCUCGCAAUUGGAUCCUAGGAAGGACUCGCCGGAAGAUGCACGGCUACAGCCGCCUUGGGAGGUCGACGCCGUCGCCUCCGUCUUCCCCGCGGUUCCGCCACGGUCGCACCAAGAAUUUGGGGGGUUUUCGGGCCGGUAGUGGCGAGCUGCAGAAUUUUGUGGAGCGGUUAGUUUAUGUGCUCAUAUCAGCCGUGUAUAGGCGGCGAGGGGUCCUUCUGGUUGCACCGUUGUUGUAUAUAUCGGGAAUGUUGUUGUACAUGGGGAGCUUAGGGUUCGACGUUGUUAUUAUUGGUAAAGUUAGUGGCGGUGGCGGUGGCAAGGCGGCUCCUGUGGGGUCGGUGUAUCGGAGUCCUCAGGUUUUUGAGAGGCUCUGGCCGUUCAUGCUGGCUGAAAACAACGGAAGCUCCUCCAGUGCGUUAAUGCAUGUGUGGACUCCAAAGCUCAGUCAAGGAUGGAAACCUUGCAUCAAUCAUAACAUUUCUCAAUCAGGGUUCUCAGAAUUGCCAAAAUCAAAUGGUUUUCUUAUAAUUGAAGCAAAUGGUGGCUUGAACCAACAACGUUUAUCUAUAUGUGAUGUGGUUGCUGUGGCCGGACUUCUGAAUGCGACUCUAGUUAUUCCAACAUUUCAUUUAAAUAGUGUUUGGCGAGAUUCCAGCAAGUUUGGGGACAUAUUUGAUGAGGAAUUCUUCACAUAUGCGCUAAGAAAUCAUGUGAAUGUGGUCAGAGAACUCCCAGAAUAUAUACUUCAGCGUUUUGACCAUAAUAUUAGCAGCAUUGUAAACUUAAGAGUAAAAGCUUGGUCAAGUCCAACCUACUAUCUUCAGAAGGUCCUCCCAAAGCUGGUGAAGUUGGGCGCUGUUCGUAUUGCUCCUUUCUCUAACAGAUUGGCGCAUGCAGUUCCGCCGAAUAUUCAAGGGCUUAGAUGCUUGGCCAAUUUUGAAGCACUUAGGUUUUCAGAGCCCAUACGGAUUCUUGCAGCUAAGAUGGUUGACCAAAUGUUUAAAAAAAGCUCCAAGAGUGGGGGAAAGUAUAUUUCAGUGCACCUCCGGUUUGAAGAGGAUAUGGUGGCAUUUUCCUGCUGUGAAUACGAUGGUGGUGAAGAAGAAAAAAUUGAAAUGGAUAUUGCCCGUGAAAGAAGUUGGAGAGGAAAAUUCCGUAGAAGGGGCCGAAUAAUAAGGCCUGGUGCAAUUCGAAUGGAUGGUAAAUGUCCAUUGACUCCAUUGGAGGUGGGAAUGAUGCUUAGGGGCAUGGGUUUUGAUAAUAACACUGCUGUUUAUGUUGCCGCUGGCAAAAUUUAUAAAGCUGAGAAAUAUAUGGCCCCACUGAAACAAAUCUUUCCACGGUUGGAAACGAAGGAUACAUUAGCCUCUCCAGAAGAACUUGCUCCAUUUCAGGGUCACUUGUCUAGGCUGGCUGCUCUUGAUUAUACAGUCUGCCUUCACAGUGAAGUAUUUGUCACGACUCAAGGCGGGAAUUUCCCCCAUUUCUUGAUGGGUCAUAGGCGCUAUUUGUAUGGUGGGCAUGCCAAGACAAUCAAACCUGAUAAGAGAAAGCUAGCUGUAUUAUUUGAUAGCCCCAAGAUCAGGUGGGAGGAGUUUAAGCGGCAGAUGCAAGAGAUGCUUCGUCACAGUGACAUGAAGGGAAAUGAAUUGAGAAAGCCCACUGCCUCCCUCUACACCUAUCCCAUGCCCGAUUGCAUGUGUAAGCAGCAGCAGCAGCAGGCCGAUGCCAUUGACACCCCUUGAACAAGCACAAGCUUCAGUUCAACUCUUCUUAUAUAUAUUAUUAUUAUACGAUCAUAAUUAAUGCCGCGGCACUGGAGGUUUUUUUUUUUUUUCCUGUGGGGGUCACCUGUAAUUUACUUGUAACAGUCAAAUCUUUACUGCGUCCAUUCUUUUCAAUUUAUUGUAUUGUUGAGACUGGGCGGAUAAAUUUGAAUGAUCCGAUUCUUUUUUU